AUGCGGAGCACGCCGCUGGCGGAGGGCGAGCCCUGGCCGCGCCUCUGCGCCGCCGAGCUCGGGGGGCUGCGGCGGCUGCGGCGCAAGCACGGCUGCAAAAGUUUCCGCGUGGAGCUGAAAGUGCUGAGCGGGAGGCGGACGGGGCUCCGCGCUCCCCCCCCCCCCGCCGCCCCCCCCGCCGCCCCGCCGCCCGCCUGGGAGCCGCGCAGCGCCGCGCUCGGCGCCGCCGCCGCCAGCGCCUUCCCCGCCGCGCCGCCGCCGCCGCCCCCCGCCGCCCGCCCGCCGCCGCCGCCGCCGCCCGCCGCCUCCCCGCGCCCGCGGCCGGGCGAGGCGGCCGGCGUCUCGCCGGAGAUCAAAGCCCUGCAGCAGACGCGGCGGCUCUUGGCCAACGCCCGGGAGAGGACCCGCGUCCACACCAUCAGCGCCGCCUUCGAGGCGCUGCGGAAGCAGGUUCCCUGCUAUUCUUAUGGUCAAAAGUUGUCCAAACUGGCCAUCUUGAGAAUAGCCUGUAACUAUAUCCUUUCCCUGGCCAGACUAGCAGACCUGGAUUACAGCGCUGACCACAGUAACAUGAGCUUCUCUGAAUGCGUGGAGCAGUGCACUAGGACCUUACAAGCAGAAGGAAGAUCUAAAAAAAGGAAGGAGUAAGAACCAGGAAGGGAGGAUUCAGAAGAGCUUCCAGCCAGAGUUACAUCUGUUCUUAGCAAAGGUUGCACGAUCUAGAUGAAGACUGCAAGCAGCCUUUUUGCAGAAACCCCUUUUCGAGAUGACGAUUGGCCAAGGAACUUUUUUGAUCUCUGGAAAAGAAAUGAAAAAAAGGAAAAGAAAAAAAAAAAGGACGGGGAUGCUUCUUAUUGUUGUUAAACCAGCCACCUUUUAGUACGUGCAAUUUAUUUAGCACUUUUCCCUUUGCUUAACUGGGAAAUGUUAUCCUCUCAGCUCAUGUGUACAGUAAUUUUUUGUUGUUGUUGUUGUUGCUGUUGUGCCAAAGAUUUGAUGGAGCUUCUACACUGUGUCUUAUUUUUGCCUUAACGUUAAAUCUUUGAGCCAAAGAAAAGUCAGAGGUGCCAUUCAGGUGGUGGCGAGCAGGCCAGCCAGCUGUCAGUGACAAAUCCAAAUCUCUGAAUCCUUCUGUGAGUCGCCUCUUAUUUCUCCUGCCCGCACUUCUCUGCCUGCAGCCCUGGAGCCAGCGUGCAGUGUGGGCAAGAGCUGGGACAACACCAAGUCAUGCUUCGGCAUUCAGGUUUGCUUCUUUCUUUGAGCUACUCUGUAGUUCUGCCUUUGGGGCAAUUUCCUGACGUUCCUGCCUGUGCGACAUAUCCACAGGGUAGAAAUACUGACACGAAGUGAGAGCUGAAACAGGAGCUAUGAAUUUUUUUUUUAUUAAUAAAUAAAUAAAUACAACUAAAUAAGCAAAAGCUAAGUGCCAUGUAAAGCCAAAAAAACCCCCGAAAUCAAAAGACAGUUCAGCAAGGGAGAAUGAAAUGCAGCAAAACAAUUCAGCGGGUCUUACAGGUUUGUGAAGUCAUUUUUUCCACGGGGUUUUUCAAGUGGUCAGAAACCCAUGUAAUGCAAAAGCAUUUGAAUCCUAUACUGUACCUUUCACUUCAAAUUGAAGUAAAAAAGAGAAAAGAUUGAGAAACAUUUGCUUGGAGUAAGCAGACUUUAUAGGUAAUGCAGUUCGUAUGCAAGACAUCUGCUAAUGAUGGGGGGACAGAGUUCUGUGUUCAAGUAAAAAAAAAAGUAUGGGUUUCCAAACAUAUUUUGUUUCCCCACUCAAGGGGAAAGGUUAUUUGCGAGGCCAGAUUCGCAUCCUGGCUACAUCAGCGUAAAUCAGGUUCCUGGGUGUCUGACUUACUCCAG